UUUUACAUAUUUAGUAGAAGAGUAAAAAUAAAAGGUAAAUUAAAAUAACGAAAAUGAUAAAGAUUUGAUAUCCUAAUAACCCAAUUGCUCAAUUGGACACACAUGAUUCAAUUGAAUUCAUGAGCUCCACAUGAUGCACGUAAAAUCAUGUGCGUAUAAUUCAAUAGCGGGGAUAACUGGAAUAUCAACGGACGAGAUCCCUGUCAUAACAUGCCACGAUAUCAUCAUUUUCCAAACCUAUCACUUGAGCCCACACAGUUUAUAAGAGGAGAGACGAGUGCAUGUGAAAUAGAGAAACACGCAAACAACUCUCUCUGUCUUUCGUCCUCCUCAGGUGUGGCUUUUGGCUUUCAGUUGCUCUUUCAAGCCAUCAAUGGCCCUGUCUGCUUUAUUUCCUUGUUAAUCUAUUUUUUGUUCUUGUAUAAAAUCAUGGAUGUCAGAUGGGAGAAGACUUUGAGGGAUCAAGAUCAUCGUAAUCGUCACAACCCAUCUUUCUCUUCUACUCUUCUCGAUGCAAUCUAUCGUUCAAUAGACGAACCAGUCGCCAGCAACAACAAACGAGACCAUGAAAACAUGAGCUUGUACAAAGAAACCAUGACGAGAAAGAAACAUUUCAUGGAGGAGAAGAAUGCGAGCUCCGAAAAAGUUGGUUUCCGGAGAAAAAACAUGGCGGAUUUGGACAAGAAAGUGCAGCGUCGGAGAGAUUUGGAGUCGGUGUUGUUGAAUUUGAGCACGACUUCCUCUGAUUCAAGCUACGGAGGCGGAUUUUCGUCGUCCGAGUCUGAAUCAUUUUCGAGGCCUAAAGCUAUUAGAACAAGCGUUUCGAGUAGUAGCAAGACGAAAUCGAAGCCAUUGAAGAGUUAUGGUGAUCUAAACAAUGUAGUGAAGAAGCCAAUUUCACCGUGUGGUCGCCUGGCGAGCUUUUUGAAUUCAAUUUUCACUGCAGGGAACGCGAAGAAGGCAAAGAUAAGAUCAAAGUCGUCAGACAAGGCAUCAUUGUCGAGUACUUGUUCUUCAGCUUCUUCGUUCUCGAGAUCUUGUUUGAUCAACACACCUUCUUUAAGAGGUAUUAAUGGAAUAAAAAGAUCGUCGGUGAGGUUUUCUCCGGCGAGUGUGAUUGUUGAUGAGGAGUGUAGUGGUGGUGGUGGUGCUUUAAUGGCUGUUGUGAAGAAGAACAAUUCCACAAUCAAUGAAGAGUUUAGGCUUCAUAUUAUGAGCGAAAAUCGUCGCGUAGAGGAAGUUGCAAGGGAUCUUUUGAAGAAUUAUCGAAAGAUUGAUGAUGAAGAUGAAGAUGAUGCAGCGAGUGAUUCAAGCUCGGAUUUGUUCGAAUUGGAUAACUUGUCCGUGAUUGGGAUCGAUAGGUAUCAAGAAGAAUUGCCUGUGUAUGGAACUACACAUCUUGAUACCAAUCCAGAGCUAUUGCUAAUGGUUUGAUUAUGAACUAAUUUUCUUUUCUUUUCUUUUCUUUUUAAGGUAAUAUUAAUGAAUGGUUUGGUUUGGGGGUUUACAUCAAAGAAGAAUAAGACUUGUCUUUCUUUCUUUAAUCAUACU